GCGCCAUAGCCGCCCAUGGAUGAUACAAGUGCAACGAACAGCAUGAACUGAACCUACCAUAGACCAUGGAAGCAGCAACUGGAACUUGUUGAGAAGAACAAGUCCCAUCUUCCACUUGCACUCGGUUUUGGGUUGUGGCCAUCCUCUCCAUCGUCGACCUCUGUUUGUGUGUUCCAACUAAGCAAACCAAGCAGAAGCUCUUGUGAUCAUCAUACAUACGCGCACUCAUACUUACAUGUACGCCAUCCCCAUUAGCUUUACGUCCACCCUCAAUCUUCACCUCUCUUCGCGACUCCCGUCUGUGGCCCUCGACAUCUCUCCCUCUGCCAAAUCCGCCCUCGGCCUCUAGUCUCGAAACCCCGCCAUUGUGCUGGUCCUGGUCCCGCGAACCCACGUCUCUUGUCUACCUUCGUCUCUUGCUCGCGUGCAAUCACUUGCCACAUCCGUCUCAGGUCCUUGACUCUGCGCCUUCCUGUCAACUCUCUGGCUCUACUGCCACCGUCCGCUCAAGCCUAGGAAGAAACGUUGCGUCAUGUGGAACGACGAAGACAACAACCCUUACGGGAGCUUUGAGCGCCGUGACUCUUUUGCUUCCUCGACCAAUCCUGCUUCUCCGACCGCUCGCGAUUAUUCCAUAGACGCUCGCUUCCCAACUCCCCAAGAUGUUCGGUACGAUGCUCCUCUGACGCCCUCGGAUGCUGGUGACGACGAAGUACCCGGUCCCACUUACCCUAGGGAAGCAAGCGAUGCUGCGACCGAUGACGAGACGGAUGACCAAGCCCACGGCGAGCUUGUACCACGGCGCAAGCCAGGUGGCUAUGACAGCAGAAUCGAGCAAAUGCUAUACGAAAACCCCGAGCUGCCCAUUUUGAUCACCGAGGCAGGCAAAAGUCAGGAAAGCGGCGGAAGAUUUAUUGUGUAUACCAUUAAGACUGGAGACUUGACCGUUCGUCGGCGAUAUUCCGAGUUUGCGUCACUGAGAGACGCCCUUACGAGACUUCACCCCACGCUGGUCAUCCCCCCCAUACCAGAGAAGCAUACGAUGGCCGAUUAUGCUGCCAAUCCCACAAAUGCCAAACAAGACCAGCAGAUUAUCGACUUACGAAAGCGCAUGCUUGCUGUUUUCCUGAACCGGUGCAGGCGCAUGGAGCAAGUCCGUACCGAUGGUGUAUGGUGGCGAUUCCUAGAUCCAAACUCAAGCUGGACGGAGGUACUCCAUUCGCAUCCCGUGUCCUCCAUUCCAAAGCAGAUUAUGAAGGCGCCUCCCCUGGAUCCUGCGAAUCCGACUGCUGGACACAGCUUCCUUCCUGUGCCAAGUAGCUCGGCCAAGCUGAAAACGUUGCCGACACAAGCUCUCGACAGUGCUGCGGCGGCGUCCCUUGCUCGGUUUCCACCCGACGCCAACUCCCUCAGCGAGCAAGACCUGGACGCCUAUUUCAUUGCCUUUGAGACCUCCAUCAAGGACCUCGAAUCGCUACUCACUGGACCGAUGGAGAAAGUAAACCGUCGCACGCUGAACCAUUUGUCUUCGUUGGCUUCUGACCUUUCAGAACUCGGCGCUCGAUACAACGCCUUUGCUUUGUCAGAGACGGCGCCUACCGUUUCAGCGGCUAUUGAGAGGGUUGGACAGGCGGCAGACUCGUCAUACAUUGCCACGGAAGAGCUUUCCACUUCGUUGAGCGCCAGUUUUGCCGAACCCAUGCGGGAAAGUGCGCAAUUCGCCGGGGUUGUACGAAAUGUGCUGCGCUAUCGGAUUCUGAAGAGGGUCCAGCAAGAGAUGACGACGGAUGAGCUCAACAAAAAGAAGGCGCUGUUGGAGUCGCUAGAGAGAAGUGAGGCGGAGGCCAGGAGGAUCGAUCAAUAUCUCAGCAGUAGUCAGCAGAUCCAGCCCCCUAGGAGGGAACCGCCGGCGCAGCACCGUAGGGACGGGAGUGGCGAGGACACUGCAUCUAUCGAUUCGGACUUUCCUCCUACGCACAGCGAUUUCUCUCAGGCACCAUCUGCUAAGAUCGGGGCGCCAGAGCGGACAGGAGGUAGCCCGAGUCAUAAGAAGGCGGCGAGCACCUCGAUCACGAACAAGAUCUUUGGGCCAAUUCGGCACGCAGUUCAAGGAGUGGUGGACGUUGAUCCUGAGCGGACCCGGCGUGACACUAUUGGAAAGACUAGGGAAUCCAUCGUGCAACUGGAGCAAGCACAGAUUGCAUCGGCCAAGGAUGUCAAGGACGCGAGCGCGAGCGUCCUCAAGGAUCUAAAGAGGUUUCAACGUGAGAAGGAGGAUGACCUCAAGCGGUACAUGCUCGCGUAUGCCAAGAGCCAGAUUGAGUGGGCAAAGAAGAACCAGGAGACUUGGGAGGAAGCGAAGGCCGAGGUCAACAAGAUCAACGAGUCUUAGUCGAACAGAGUGGUCCGUUCUCCGAGUGGGUUGGUUCAUAUCAAACGUCAUGAGGGAUGAUUUAUCAUGUGGAGAGUGUACCAACAACUUUCCGGGCGUUGAGGAGAUGUCAAAAGGGUUGUUUUUUGUCUUGAUGACGAAUAUCAAUUUAGACGAGAAUAAAACAUAAUGAGAGUCCAUGCAUUACGACUGAUGGAGCAGGACUACCUAUUUUCUGAUAUUUGUCCCUUCAUUUUGUGCAACCCAGGCGGGCAUGUUGGACGAGAGGUUGGACGGGUUGCAAUGGGCCAGACAGCAGGCAAC